GCUUUUUGCUGGGACUUUUUCCCUUCGAGACUGUAGUCGUCGCAAUCACUCUUUAACAAGGCCAGAACCAUGAUCCCUUUCCUUUUGCGUUCCAUUUCUGUUGCCAUUCUCUACCUGUUGACAUAGACCAUUGACUUAUCGCAUUCGUUAUACUCUCGUGGUCAUGUCUUACCCUCGUUCUCAAUUCGAAGAGGCGCCCCCGUCAUAUGCAGCAGUUCGUGCAUCCAAGGCUGCUGCCGCUUCACGAAGCGCACCUCUAUACGAAAAAAAUGAAUACUCAAGAAGAAAUCCCAGAAAUUGGUCGCGAAGAUGCUGGAUCAUCUUGGGCGUUGUUAUCGCUGCAAUAAUUGCUAUUGUCGUUGCCGUUGCAGUUGUGGUCACUCGGGAGAACCGCUAUCCGAACUAUUCCGAAUUGAACUAUUCGCUGGUCGACACGUACUCAGGAACGAGUUUCUUCGACAAUUUUGACUACUACACGGGAUAUGAUCCCUCAGACGGGUUUGUCCACUACGUUGACGCGGACGGAUCUGCUGAUCUGAACCUCACAUACGCUUCCAGCUCGGCCGCUGUCCUGCGGGUGGACCUCAGUGAUACCGACACGACUACUGGUCGAAAAUCGGCGCGAGUUACAUCCAAGAACACUUACAAUGACGGUUUAUUCAUCUUCGAUGUUAUUCACUCGCCAUACGGUUGCGCGACGUGGCCGGCAUUGUGGCUGUCGGAUCCUUCCAACUGGCCCGAGAAUGGCGAGAUUGAUGUCAUGGAAGCAACCAAUCUCGCGCCUGUGGGAAAUCAGGUCACCCUCCACACCACGAAAGAUUGCACGAUGAAGGUGAAGCGAAAGGAGACAGGUACCGCCCUGAACUCGAACUGCUUGAACUCCACCGACGGCGACGCUGGCUGUGGCGUUCGAGGUUCAACUGCCACGUUCGGCGAAGAUUUCAACAACAAUGGUGGUGGUGUCUAUGCCAUGGAGCUCAGAGACGCCGGGAUCCGGGUGUGGAUGUUUGAUCGUGACAGCAUACCCUCAGACAUCACUACGUCCACCUCGAACACCACAAACUCCACCACCACUCCCGACCCAUCUGGAUGGGGCGAGGCUUUGGCGGACUUUCCCAGCACAGACUGCGAUAUCAGCAGCCAUUUCCGCAACCAGAGCAUCAUCGUUGACAUUGAUUUGUGCGGUGAUUGGGCUGGUCAAACGGCCUACUACAACACUCAGUCAGGAUGUUCAGGCACAUGUGUCAACUAUGUGAUGGAACAGCCCGGAAGUGCAUAUGACGAGGCCUACUGGGAGUUUGGCAGUUUUAGAGUCUAUCAAGCGUCGUAAACUUGGAUUUGGAAUUUGAUGUUUGGCGUGCGGUCUGGUUUGGUUGCAAAUAAGGAAUAUAUUUGAAUAGUACAUAUGAACCCCAGAGUCUUGUCGGUCGUACAGCACUGGACUAAUCAUGAGCAAUCAUUGAGGAGUCA